AUGGUGGACUGUGUUCAUGGAAUAAUUUGCAUGUAUAACAGGAAAACUAGGGAUAUCGUUCUUUGGAACCCUGCUACGAGACAAUGUAGACUUCUUCCAAAGUCGUCCAAUGGAAACCCCAAGAUUCGGCAUUACCAUCAUGAUUUUGUUGGACUUGGUUUUGAUGUUGAAACUAAGGAUUACAAGUUGCCAUUACUAAGUACUGAUUCCUGGAGGUUGCUAGACUCAGAUUUCCGUACUCAUUGUUGUCCAACAUUAGGACAGAGUUUGAAUGGUAUUUAUUUCCAUCUAGGUGUGGACUACACCGCAGAACCCGAUAAGUGUGUGAUUUUGUCAUUUGACUUGAGCAAAGACAAAUACCAAAGAGUACUACAGAUUCCAGAUGGUAACUCUCCUGUAUUACAAUCAAUAGGUGAUAAACUAGCUUGCAUUACGACCCCUUAUGAAGUUUCUGGAUUCCACAAGGUGUGGAUGUUGAAUGAUUACGAUACGGGGAAGGAGAUGUGGACUGAGCUUUACAGAGUUGAUGCCACGUCUCCAAAAAUUCAAACGGGUUAUAGCAUCCUUGCAAUUCCUUGGAAUGGAAAGUUGGGUUUAUUCAUCGGCGGAACUUGGGUAUUGUACAAUUUUAUUACUGAUGAGUUUGAGGAUCUUGGUUUUGGAGAAGGAUUCUGUUGUCCUACGGCUGCUAUCUAUAAGGAAAGCCUUGUUUCUGUCGACGCAGCAACUAAAGCUAUCUCCUCUUAA